AUGGAGAAGAUAAAUGAAAUGUACUAUGAUGCAUUUCUAAAAGCACAUUUUGAGGUUCCUGGAGAAAUGUUCUCUUUAGCAAUGAAAGCCAAGAGGAGGAAUGGGCAUUGUAGGCUCCACUCAAAGCAAGUGCGACUCAUUCUAUGGAGUUUGUUGAUAGCUAUCCCUUUCAGUAGGAACCGUUAUCAUUUGUCAGUGAGGCCUUUGGCCAUGGAUUGGGUGAGGGAGCUUGCUAAAUCAGGAGAUACUAGUGCAUUGUAUGAGUGCAUUCGGAAAGAUCCAGAUGCUUUAAGGCGUUUUGACGACGCAGAGUUUAUCGAUACUCCACUACACAUAGCUGCAGCUGAAGGCCACGCUGAUUUCGCGAUGGCGGUCAUGUACUUAAGGCCAUCAUUUGGUAGGAAGCUGAACCAUGACAUCGCUAGCCCCAUGCAUCUUGCCUUGUCUAAUGGGCGCAGGGACUUGGCGCUUCGUCUACUGGCAGUUGAUAAAGAACUUGUUCGCGUCAAAGGGAAAGAUGGCUACACUCCUUUGCAUGUUGUCGUAUUAGUAGGAUACCUUGACCUUUUGGCUAAGUUUCUUAUAGAUUGCGCUGAAUGUAUUGAGGAUGUGACGAUUCAAAAUGAGACUGCUUUACACAUUGCAGCAAAAUAUGCCAGAUUAGACUCCCUUCGAAUCCUUGCACGGUGGCUUAGGAGAACCCAUCUCUACUGCGAAACUUCGAAAGAACACCUCCUGGACAAGCAGGAUAGUAACAGCAACACUGCGUUGCACAUAGCAUCUUUAAUGUACAGUGAAGAGAUGAUCAAGGUAUUAUUAGAAUGUAAGGUCAAUCAGAAGGUGAAGAAUGCGCAUGGUCGUACAGCUUUGGAAGUCAUGCUGCUAGACAUGCAACCGGAAGCUCAAAAGAGACAGAAAUGUCUGGAACUUCUUCGGGGAGAGGGAUGUCUGAAAAUUCUGCGGGGUGAGGGAUGUCUGAAAAUUCUGCGGGGUGAGGGAUAUUUGAGUUUCAACGUUUUUCCAAAUCCUCCUGACCAACCCUCAGAUGAGAGGAUUGAUUUUGGCAAACUACCAUCCCACGAGUUGUUAAUGACAAACAUCACAACUUCGGAGUUAAUUUUAAUGCAAGUCAUUGGUAAAAUCGGGAUUAUGUCGGUUGAAAGAAUCAAUGCAUUGUUAGUAGUGUUAGCAUUGAUUCUAACAAUCACGUACCAAGCCAUACUCAACCCGCCAGGUGGCGUUUGGCCAGCCGAAAAUUUGGCAAACACUACUACCACAUCAGAAACCCGGUGGGGUAAUUCAGUCAUGUAUAACUCUUCUUUUAUUAUGUUCCUCGCACUCAACCUUCUAGCGUUUCUUUUAACCUCCUUAUUUACAGUUUGCCUCCUCCAAAUUGUCACUAAUAGUCGUGGCAUAACGAUUCUCGUGGAACUGCUACUGUCAAUCUUAAUCUGUUGUCUCGAUACUGCCGCGCUGGUCAUAACUCCGUUUGAUCCAUCUCUUAUUUUUAAUAAAUUGACGCCCAUUCUUUUUAUUCCUGUACUAGUGCUCUUUGAAUUGGUCAAGGGUUUGUUUCGAAGCAUUGGAAAAUAUGUAAGGUUCUUCCAUGAAAUGUAA